AUGGUAUUCUUACCUGCGAAAGACGCCGGUCAAUUGGCGCCAAUUCCAGACAACAUCCCCAUUAGCGAGUUUAUGCUCAAUGAGAAAUAUGGGCGAGUGCCACACGCCAAUUCUCGCGAUCCAUACACAUGCGGCUUCACGGGGAAAUCGUACUCGUCGCGCGAGGUCGCAAACCGCGUUGACUACCUGGCCCGCAGUCUCUCCAAGGAAUUCGGCUGGGCCCCGAACGAAGGGUCGGAAUGGGAUAAGACGCUGGCUGUCUUCACCCUGAACACUAUCGAUUCCCUUCCACUCUUCUGGGCCGUUCACAGACUGGGCGGUGUUGUCUCGCCCGCAAAUGCUUCCUACUCCGCCGCCGAGUUGACGCAUCAACUGCUUGACUCCAAGGCCAAGGCCUUGGUCACCUGUCUUCCUCUCCUGUCUAUCUCCCUGGAAGCCGCAGCCAAGGCUGGUCUCCCCAAGAGCAAGAUUUACCUGAUUGAUGUGCCAGAACAGAUCCUCGGCGGUGCAAAGGCCCCAGCUGAAUAUAAGACCGUUGGUCAGCUCGCACAGGCCGGCAAGUCUCUGCCACCAGUGGAGGAGCUGCGAUGGAGCGCCGGCGAGGGCGCCCGUCGCACAGCGUUCUUGUGCUAUUCAAGCGGAACUUCUGGCUUGCCGAAAGGAGUAAUGAUCUCCCACCGCAAUGUGAUCGCGAACACUCUCCAAAUCAAGGCAUACGAGGAGAGCUACCGCAACGACGGGGGAACAAAAUCCCCAGGCACCGAAGUCGCGCUCGGCCUUCUCCCGCAGAGCCACAUCUACGCCCUCGUAGUCAUUUGCCACGCCGGCGCAUACCGCGGCGACCAGACUAUUGUCCUCCCCAAGUUCGAAUUACAAUCAUACCUCAAAUCCAUCGCCCACUUCAAGAUCAGCUCACUCUUCCUGGUCCCCCCAAUCAUCAUUCACAUGCUCAGCACCCAAGACGUAUGCUCAAAGUUUGACCUCAGCUCGGUGCGGACCCUAUUCACCGGCGCCGCGCCGCUAGGCGUAGAAACAGCCACCGAUUUCCUCAAGCUAUACCCGAACGUCCUGGUCCGCCAAGGAUACGGUCUCACGGAGACAUGCACAGUGGUAAGCUCUACGCACCCGCACGACAUCUUCCUCGGCUCCUCGGGCGCCCUGAUCCCGGGCUUCGAAGCGCGCAUCAUGACACCCGAGAACGAAGAAAUCACCGCCUACGACACGCCCGGCGAGCUGGUCGUGCGCGGGCCGAGCGUUGUCCUGGGCUAUUUGAAUAAUGACAAGGCGACCAAGGAGACGUUCGAAGACGGGUGGAUGCGCACGGGCGACGAGGCUGUUAUCCGCGUUAGUCCGAAGGGCGUCGAGCAUGUGUUCAUUGUCGAUCGGAUUAAGGAGUUGAUCAAGGUUAAGGGUCUACAAGUCGCGCCCGCCGAGCUGGAAGCUCAUCUCCUUGCGCACGCGGCUGUUUCGGAUGUCGCAGUCAUCGCUAUCCCGGAUGCGCGGGCCGGCGAAGUGCCCAAGGCGAUUAUUGUUAAGGCUCCUGGGGCGGGGUCUGACGAGGAGGUUUCGCGGGCGCUUAUCAAGCACGUGGAGGAUCACAAGGCGAGGCAUAAGUGGCUGAAGGGCGGGGUUCGGUUCGUGGAUGCUGUUCCUAAGAGUCCUAGUGGGAAGAUUUUGCGUCGGUUGAUCCGGGAUCAAGAGAAGGAGGCGCGGAGGAAGGCUGGGAGUAAGAUCUAG